AUGCAACAAUUACUUGCAGGAGAGGGGGUGGGGUACGGCAGUGGUGAAAGGUACGGCAGUGGUGAGGGGUACGGCAGUGGUGAAAGGUACGGCAGUGGUGAAAGGUACGGCGGUGGUGAGGGGUACGGCAGUGGUGAAAGGUACGGCAGUGGUGAGGGGUACGGCAGUGGUGAAAGGUACGGCAGUGGUGAAAGGUACGGCAGUGGUGAGGGGUACGGCAGUGGUGAAAGGUACGGCAGUGGUGAAAGGUACGGCGGUGGUGAGGGGUACGGCAGUGGUGAAAGGUACGGCAGUGGUGAAAGGUACGGCAGUGGUGAAAGGUACGGCAGUGGUGAAAGGUACGGCAGUGGUGAAAGGUACGGCAGUGGUGAAAGGUACGGCAGUGGUGAGGGGUACGGCAGUGGUGAAAGGUACGGCAGUGGUGAGGGGUACGGCAGUGGUGAGGGGUACGGCAGUGGUGAGGGGUACGGCAGUGGUGAGGGGUACGGCAGUGGUGAGGGGUACGGCAGUGGUGAGGGGUACGGCAGUGGUGAAAGGUACGGCAGUGGUGAGGGGUACGGCAGUGGUGAGGGGUACGGCAGUGGUGAGGGGUACGGCAGUGGUGAGGGGUACGGCAGUGGUGAGGGGUACGGCAGUGGUGAGGGGAAAUUUCGUAUAUACGAUAUAGAUAGAAAAAAAAGAGAAGAGGGGGGGUGUAAAUAG